GGAAAGUUAAAAACAAAAGCAAGAGAGGGAGAAAAAGAGGAAGAAAAGCACCUAGGAAGGGCCAUGGCAUGUCACCUCAAUAAGACUCAGAUGUGAUUUCCAUCUUCCUCCAUUGAACUCCACUUCCCUUUCCUCCAUUUCCUUUAAUUGCCCUCUCCUUCACAAGAAAUUAACCAUAUGAAUCCAUCGUCGAUGGCAGGGGGGUCUGGAGAAGGAUCAUCACGGCCUGCCGAAGAGCAGCGACCGGUGCAACCAUCAGUUCAGCUAAGCCGCUACGAGUCGCAAAAACGGAGGGACUGGAAUACUUUCGGCCAAUACUUGAAGAAUCAAAGGCCCCCAGUUCCACUGGCCCAGUGUAACUGUGCCCACGUACUUGAAUUCCUUCGGUAUCUCGACCAAUUUGGAAAGACUAAGGUUCACUUGCAUGGAUGUGCCUUCUUUGGGCAAUCGGAGCCACCGGCGCCUUGUACUUGCCCACUUAAACAAGCUUGGGGCAGCCUCGAUGCGCUUAUCGGCCGCCUCCGCGCUGCUUAUGAAGAGAACGGUGGGUCGCCGGAGACAAACCCAUUUGGUGGAGGCCAAAUCCGUGUCUAUCUGCGUGAGGUGAAGGACUCCCAGGCUAAGGCGCGUGGGAUCCCUUAUAAGAAGAAGAAAAAGAGGGUCCGACGCAGCAUCAGUGAGGAAGAUCGCAAGCCCAUCGUGCAGUCCUCUUGAGUUCCUUCACCGUCACCAGAAAAUGAACUGCAAGAAAAAGUGGCUGGUUCCUAUACAACGUUUAGGUUAAAUAAAGUCUACAAAACUUGGUAUGUGGGACCAUCAUGAUGGGUGCAAUAUGUAUCUUAUCCCACCAGUUCGACCAGGGCUCCUCAUCAUGAAAGCGGGCUUAAGGAGGAUGACCAAAUGUCAAGCUGAUCGAUGUGGACUACCAAAUGAAUUUGAGGUUUGUUGGGCCAUUGUUAUUAGUUUUAUGUGCCGUGGAAAGUAGUGAUAACUAUGAUCAUGAACCUAAAUGAUCGCCUAUAUUUGGAAUAUAUUAUAAUGCUAUAUUUAAUGAGUGAGAACUUUAUAAUCUAUUUUAUUAUCACAAGGAUUGAAGAGAGGGAUUCCUCUAUAUGUCCAUAGGGAGUACGAGACCCGAAAUAAUGACUCCUAGUUGUUAGAGAGUUAUGGUCCAUAGUUCCCAAGUACCUUAAACGUUCAUGACCAUCUCAGCAAGGCUAGGGAUCAUGUAAUCAUGUCUUAUGGUCAUCUUGCAUGAUGGGAACCAAUUAUAAAUUGGGAUAGACAUUUCCACAUUUGACAUCUUAUGCAUUUGCCCUACCUUAUAUCAGUGUGGGCGUUCCUUAUAUUUGUAGGUGUUUGUGUUUAGGCCUAAUAGGAUACUUACACUAGAGUAUUGCAUUAAGUCUUUGGUCUACGAGGCCCAUCAUGUUACGAUCAUAAUGAUUUGAUCAUAUAUUAACUUUUAAUCCUUUGAACUGAGGAUAUAUGGGGAUUUCGAGGUUUUUAGAGUUGUGUGCCUUAAAUCACUUUACAAGGUUACAAAUGUAACUGAGAUACAUAUACGGUUGGAUGCAUGCAUUUAAAAUAUGGUUGAAGCCUGUAUGUUCUAAUAUAGGAUCCAAUGUUUUGAAAGAGACAUCUUAGUGGCUUAAAUCUUGGUGAUUGAACUAUUCAUCCGGUUGUUUUUAGUGGGGCCCAAUACUUAAAUGAUUUUAAAUGUGUUUGAAAGUUUUUAAAUGUUGAUAUUUUAUUUUCACUAUUAAAAAUAGUUUUAUUGAACUUUGUGGAUACCUGGCAGUUUAGAUGCUAAGAUCCAUCCAGUGGGCUUAUAUGAGAUUUAGGGGCCAAUGAUGGAAGCCAUUAUUAAUG